UGUGAUUGAAGUUAAUCGCACUGCAUCAUUCGUAAACAGUAUUGAUAACCUCACAACAUUGCACUUUUGACCUCGUAUUUCAAGGUUUUUUGCGAUUUUACUCCCAGUCUCUUACGAUAAAGUGGUUUUUACGUGAGAUUUCAAUCAUGGCCUCCCUUACGCAAGUUUCAUCAAAUAAAUCGUUCGGCGGCCACCAGAAGGUCUACAGCCAUGAAUCCAAAGUUCUGGGCUGUACCAUGAAAUUCGGUAUCUAUCUUCCGCCGCAAGCCGAACAGGACAAAAACCUUCCGGUUAUCUAUUGGCUCUCGGGACUGACAUGCUCGGAGGCAAACUUCAUAGAAAAAGCGGGGGCCCAGCGAUACGCCGCCGAACACGGGGUGAUAAUCGUAAACCCAGACACGUCGCCCCGAGGCUUAAGCAUACCCGGCGACUCCGAGUCGUGGGAUUUCGGAGUUGGAGCCGGUUUCUAUUUAAACGCAACCCAAGAACCGUGGAGGAAAAACUACAAGAUGUAUGAUUAUAUUAGAACAGAGUUGAUCGAUUUGAUUAAGGAUAAUUUUAAGAUCAACGCCGCUAAACAAUCCAUCAUGGGCCAUAGCAUGGGGGGUCACGGGGCGUUAAUUUUGGCGCUGAAAAAUCCAGGCCUGUUUAAAUCCGUAUCAGCGUUUGCGCCAAUUUGUAAUCCGAGCGAGUGCCCGUGGGGAAUCAAAGCCUUUUCGGGUUACUUAGGACCCAAAGAGACCGGACGGUGGAACGAGUGGGACGCCACGGAAUUAGUUAAAAAUUAUAACGGCCCGCCUCUAGAAAUUUUAAUCGACCAGGGCCUAGCGGAUGAUUUUUUGUUUCAACUUAAUCCCGAGAGAUUGGUGGAAGCUUGCAAAUCAGUGAGGACGCCGGUCGUCCUUAAUCAACGGGAAGGUUACAACCACAGUUACUUUUACAUCUCGUCUUUUAUCGGCGAACACAUCGCUCAUCACGUUAAAUAUUUGAAAAACUAGCUGUGUUAUAUUUGAAAUAAAUGAUUUCUGCUUAUCCUUCAUGGUUUAUCGAAGUU